AUGGGUAAUGAUGGAGGAAGUAUCCCUGACCGCCGAGAUCUCGUCAGGACGAAGGCCAAGGCAGAGCAAGCAGACAAGGCAAAUCAAACCCGUGCAAGAUGGUUCUUCUGCGCAUUGUCGAAGCGCCCACUUCAGGAGCCCAUUGUCUCGUGCGCACUGGGAAAGCUCUACAAUAAGGACUCAAUAUUAGAAUACCUUCUGGAUAAAUCAGCAUACGGAGACGGUGAGGAGAUAUGCGGGCACAUAAGGUCGCUUAAGGAUGUGAAAACUCUGAAGCUCACCCACAACACGAGCAAAAUUGUCGCAUCUGACUCGACGGACCUUGCGGCGUUCGUUUGUCCACUCAACUUUAAGGAGAUGAAUGGCUCACAGCCAUUCAUGUACAUCGCGACCUGCGGCUGUGUAUUUUCCCUUGCGGGCUACAAUGCCGUGUCUGGCAACACAUCGCCCAGUGCGAAGGAGGGCAAGUUAGAGGCGGAAGGGAAGGAGCACGAUAACGGCCAAAACACAAAACAGCUGGACGUUUGCCCACAAUGCGCCACCAAGUACGACCGGUCAGCAGAUGUCAUGACGCUCAACCCUGGUCCCGAAGAAGAGGCGACUAUGUACGAGGCAAUGAUGCGGAAACGAGCAGCGGAGCCCGCGAAGACAAAGGGGAAGAAGCGGAAGGCACAUGCUGACGCAGUGGAUGGCGAGACACCACCGACCAAGAAGCGUGUAUCGCCUACGCCAGCGAUGAACCCUGCUCUUGCGGCGGCGAGCAAGGCCGUCGCCACCAGCCUUGCGCGGGAGGAGAUUAAGCGGAAGGCAAACAUGAGCGACGCUGUUAGGUCGCUAUACGCGUCGAAGGACGGGCCGAAGAAGAAAGAGACCUUCAUGACUAUGGGUACAUUCACUCGGGUACGUCUCAUUCUAUGUUUCUCACGUGACCAUCAUUGA